UAAAAAGACAAGAAAGGAAGAAAACCAAACAGGCAAAACGUUUAAGUCUACUUCGUCGUCGUCUUCCACUAAUAUUCUGGUUUCAUCGAAGACUUUUGGAGGAGUACAUUUGCAGUCUGUCAAUAACCCUUUCGUCACGGAAUUACUCCAAGCCGCGUAGUGGUCGACUCCAAAGUAUCCUAUCUUUAUGGUUUUUCGAAUCUGGGUUCUCCGAUUUUGAGUUUGCAGGGUCUUGAAAUCUGGGAGAAGGUGUUUCGCGGAAUCAGUUAAAUCAAACAUCUGCUUCUCAUGGCGAGCUUAUGUUGCUUCGGUUCUUCAGACUACGAUCUCGUGACUGGGAGGGCGUCAACUAGUUCUGGGAAAGGAAAAAACAGCGAUGGUGAGAUAAAAUUUGGUUACAGCUUGGUGAAAGGGAAAGCUAAUCAUCCAAUGGAAGAUUAUUAUGUCUCCAAAUUCACGAAAAUUGACGGCAAGGAGCUCGGUUUGUUUGCUAUCUACGAUGGUCAUUUGGGCGAACGUGUUCCUGCUUAUCUUCAGAAGCAUUUGUUCUCCAACAUUCUCAAAGAGGAGCAUUUUUGGUUUGAUCCUCAGAGAGCACUAAUUGCUGCCUAUGAGAAGACAGACCAAACCAUUCUGUCACAUUCUGACCUAGGCCGUGGUGGCUCAACCGCUGUAACCGCUAUUCUGCUGAAUGGACGACAUUUGUGGGUGGCAAAUGUGGGUGAUUCCCGGGCUGUUUUGUCACAAGGUGGUCAGGCAAUACAGAUGACUAUAGAUCACGAGCCCCACACUGAAAGGUUAAGCAUUGAGGAUAAAGGAGGCUUUGUAUCAAACAUGCCAGGAGAUGUCCCUCGGGUUAACGGGCAGCUAGCAGUUUCCCGUGCUUUUGGGGACAAAAGCCUCAAAACACAUCUACGGUCAGAUCCAGACGUUAAGGAUUCAUCUGUAGAUGCUCACACAGAUGUUCUAGUUCUUGCUAGUGACGGUCUAUGGAAGGUGAUGGCCAAUCAAGAGGCGAUUGAUAUCGCCAGAAGAAUCAAAGAUCCAUUGAAAGCAGCAAAAGAACUAACAACCGAAGCACUAAGAAGAGACAGCAAAGAUGAUAUAUCUUGCAUCGUCGUCAGAUUAAGGUGAUGAAAUAUAUUUUACAGAACCACCAGAGAAAAGGAUGAAUCUAUUAGAAAUGGAAGAAACCAAAUAAAUAAUGUUUGAUUAUCAAGAAUAGAAGAUGACGUAAAAGGUAUUUGUAAUAUAUUUUUGUUUCCUCCGGUGUAAAAUGGUUGAUCGGUUUUCCGGAUGUUUGGAAAUUUGGUUGUUUGAUUUGUGGUUUGGUUUGUGUAAGUGAGUAAGUGAGAAUCAUAUGGUUUGGUGUAUAAACACAAGCUGCUUCAAUCUCUGUUCUUGGGUACUCUUCA